AUGAUUCCUGAAGAGGAAGGAGACGUUGUACGUGAAACCCAUCGAGUGGCUGAGCUCCUUGAACACAGCGUGCCCGUCUUGCAUGUCUGGCACCUCCUCAAGCCAGAUUCCCAGUUUAUUGAACGUUUUUCUUGCAUCAACUCUUAUGCCAUUGACCUUCACAUUCCUGAAUUUGUUAGUCAGAAAAUAGAAAAGCAGAUUCUCAAAGAUAUAAGUCGAUUUCCUGUCAUUCUUCACGCUCAGAAUGUAUGA